AGAGGGCACACUAUCAUGGACAGAUUUCUACUCCAGUCCCUGGAAGAUCUGGACAACAGUUUAAGGAAACUGAACUCUCGCUUGUUUGUUGUCCGAGGGCAGCCAACAGAUGUCUUCCCAAGACUCUUUAAAGAAUGGGGAGUCACUCGUCUCACCUUUGAAUACGACUCGGAGCCGUUUGGAAAGGAGAGGGAUGCAGCUAUCAUCAAACUGGCCAAGGAGGCUGGCGUGGAGGUGGUGAUAGAGAACUCCCACACCCUCUACGACUUGGACAGAAUAAUUGAGCUGAAUGGCCACAAGCCACCACUCACCUACAAGCGCUUCCAGGCCAUCAUUAGCCGUAUGGAGCUCCCAAAGAAGCCAGUGAGCACUGUAAUAAGUCAGCAGAUGGAGACGUGUAAAGUGGACAUCCAGGAAAACCAUGAUGAUGUUUAUGGGGUCCCAUCGCUGGAAGAGCUGGGCUUUCCUACAGAUGGUCUUGCCCCUGCAGUUUGGCAAGGAGGAGAGACGGAAGCUUUGGCGCGACUGGAUAAACACUUGGAAAGAAAGGCGUGGGUUGCAAAUUACGAAAGACCAAGGAUGAACGCCAAUUCAUUGCUGGCCAGCCCUACAGGACUCAGUCCCUACCUGCGUUUUGGCUGCUUGUCCUGCCGCUUGUUUUACUAUCGUCUCUGGGAGCUGUAUAAGAAGGUGAAGCGGAACAGCACGCCCCCCCUCUCUCUGUACGGACAGCUUCUGUGGAGGGAGUUUUUCUACACAGCAGCCACCAACAACCCGAAGUUCGAUCGCAUGGAAGGGAAUCCCAUCUGCAUACAAAUUCCCUGGGACAGGAACCCUGAAGCCUUGGCAAAGUGGGCAGAGGGCAAGACAGGCUUCCCUUGGAUAGAUGCAAUCAUGACCCAACUGAGACAAGAAGGAUGGAUCCACCAUCUGGCUAGGCACGCAGUGGCCUGCUUCCUGACCAGGGGUGACCUCUGGAUCAGCUGGGAGUCAGGAGUCAGGGUAUUUGACGAACUAUUACUGGAUGCAGAUUUCAGUGUAAACGCAGGCAGCUGGAUGUGGCUUUCGUGCAGCGCAUUCUUCCAACAGUUCUUCCACUGUUACUGCCCUGUGGGCUUCGGACGUCGCACAGACCCCAGUGGUGACUAUGUUAAGAGGUAUCUGCCCAAACUGAAAGGUUUCCCCUCACGAUAUAUCUAUGAACCAUGGAAUGCUCCAGAGUCUGUGCAGAAGGCAGCCAAGUGCAUCAUUGGGGUGGACUACCCCAAACCCAUGGUGAACCACGCAGAGACCAGCCGACUGAACAUUGAGCGCAUGAAGCAGAUCUACCAGCAACUGUCACGCUAUCGGGGCCUCUGUUUACUGGCAUCAGUCCCUUCAUGUGUGGAAGAUCUUAGUGGCCCGGUCACAGACACGGCUUCAGGGCAGGGCUGCAGCACCAGUACAGCGGUGAGGCUGUCGCAAGCAGACCAGGCUUCUCCAAAACGCAAACAUGAGGGAGCAGAAGAGCCAUGCACUGAAGAACUGUACAAACGAGCUAAAGUGACAGGUCUCCCUGCUUCAGAGAUCCCUGGCAAGAGUUUAUGAUUCCAGCGACGAGCACCCUACCAGUGAAGAGGGAGAGUGCUGAAGAGGUGACCAGAAGAGUAGGACUGCUGCCACAGAGGGACUGGAACUUGUGAUCUGCAACAGAAAAUCUGGGGUCACAUAGAACUGUGUAAUUCCAGUAGCUGCCGCAGAAGGGCACUGCAUUACAUAUGCUUGAGAAUAUUUGGCUUUCUGACCUCCAAAGAGCCAAAUAUGUCUCUUCUCAGCCAUGCCCCAAAUCUGCCCACAUUUAAGGGAGCAAGAGCCUUCUGUCAACUUGUUCACUCGCAGGUGUAUCUUUAUUUUCUGACCGUGGUUCAGUGCAUGUGACUUGAUGCAUUGAUGUAGGAAUCAGCAUCUGCGUGUCUCACAAAUAGUGAACAUUCAUUCUCAUCAAUACUACUAGGCAGUGAUGUGUGCUGAUUAAUUCAAAUUAUAGUAGGUCUUGAGAAGGAAACUGCUACAAUGUGAAAAAUAGGGUACCCAUCCUACGAGAGAACAAGGAAAACUUGAUAUUUCUUUGGUUAGGCUGGGCUGACGUCGGAAUGCUUUCUGAGUAAAUCAAGGUAGUGCUUCUAUAGGAUGGAAACAAAAUGAAGGUCAACUGUAGCACAGGAACAGAUACAAACUUACACUUAAAAGGCACUUAAAACUUUCCUGCAAAAGAACCUUGCUGCUGCAGGGUGAGCCAUAGUGCUGUUGCCUGGAAUGGGCAGCUUCGGAGGUGUUUGACAUCUGGGGAAGAGGCACUCUGAGAGAAAAGGAAUUCUGCAGAGAAUAAGAUCAUGCCUUGAUAUGAACGAAGCAGUGUCUCAGAUCAGGUGUGGUCCAAAUAAUAAGGGAGCUACACCUGAGCCCAGCACUCUACAGCAUUUCCUUCCCUGAAUGAGUACUCUCUCAAAUGAAGUGACCUAUGUCUGGUGUGUAGACUGUGGAGUGCCUCAUACUGAUAGAGGAUGUAUUACACAUCAGCUCCUUGAAGUGAGUCUUCCUCAAGUCAGAGUCCAGUGUCCAUUCUGUGUGCCCAUUCUGUUUGCUCUUUUCUGUAUUGGCAUCUGUGUUUUGAGUUUCUACGCAGUAUACUCCUGUACCUCUUGCCCUGCACGCUGCUCCUCCUUGCCAUUUGCAUUCACGCUGGUGCUUUGUAGCCUAGUGGAACGACUGUGUAGCUGUCCUGGCUCUUAACCAUACACUCCUUGCCCAGUCCUCUUACAUGUCACUCCAGCACAGUGCUGGCAGAGCACCUCUGCCUGUCACCGAAAGCACAAGGGAGGGUAGUACUGCAGAAGAUUCUCUCUUGUGGCUGUUUUCAAGAGGGAUUAGGCUGAGUAGCUAGUCCUGUGCAAUGGGCUGCUGUUGGCACAGUUUUCAUUUGCUGUCCAAAACCUUUCAUCCAUGCCUGGCACAGAUAGUGUGGGGCUAUAUGUGAGCUUAUGCAACUACCAGCUUGGGGAGUAUAGGAGUUGUCUCCCAUUCUGACUGGGAUAAUCAGAUUCAGUUUCGAAGCCCGUGUUUGAACCCAGAGCAAUAGGGCUGCGAAUUGAAACUGACUCAAAUGUAUCUGAGAAACCUGAAAUGGUUGAAUUGAAUCUGUGAGUAAAUUUAUUGAAUAGCUGAAUAACCUUUCCUUCCCACUCCCUAAGGCAUUGACCCUGUAUUCUUUUUCCCAAGGGAAUCCAUUGGGCAGACUGAACAAGUAAACAAAGAGUCGCUCUUCCUAACCUUACUUUCUUCUAGACUACUAUUCAUAGCCUGCCUGGUGGAUAGCCCUGUCAUCAGCAGGUUUUGUCCCUUUCAGUCUGACCCAGAUAUUACUCCUACUGUCUUGGGGGUAGAAAGGUAUAAAGAAAAAGAGAUACUCCCCCACCCCCAUCUUCUGCUGCAGAGAGAAGAAAGGGGAAAGACAUGAACUUUGUGCACUUAGGUUACAGAAGUUGUGACUUUUGUCAUUUGGAGAGUUUCUUGCUUAGGCAAUGGUCUGUAAAUACAACUUUUUAUAAAUGUCUUUAACCCCC